AUUAAAAACAAUAACAAAAACACAUUUUAAAUUUUUUUUAUCAUUUUCGAAGAUUUUUUGUUAAAUUUUUAACAAAAUUAAAUAAAUUUCGAAAUUUUCUGAAAUUUAAUUCAAUUCAAAAAUGGAAAACGCACAAAAUAUCACAAUAAAAAUAAAUGCCGGCGACGAUUCUUUCGAAAAAUCGAUUCCUCAGCAAGAAAAUAAGUCACUUCCGAGCCUCAUCAGUAGUUUGCAAGAAGCAAUGAAGACAACAAAUGAUUUGCUGACAAAAGUUAUCGAUAGUCAAGUUAAGAGUAAUAACGGAGAUAAGAAAAAUGCGGAAAAAAAUGACUCAAUGAACACAGAUGAGGAUGAAAACGAAGAACAAGACGGUUCAGAAGACGAUGAAUCAGAUCGUAAAAAGCAAAAGUUGGAAAAAGAUACGUGAUUUAUGAAUAAAAGUUUAUUUUGAGUAAAAAAUGUUUUUAAUUUUAUGAAGUUUUAGAUAUACUU